UCUCUCACUAAAAAUAAAUCAUUCCCGCUCUCAUUUCAGCCGUUUUCUCUCUCUCUCUCUCUCUCUCUCUCUCUCUCUCUCUCUGACCGCGUAGCUCUCUGCGUUCCUUGAAGGGCACCGGCGAAAGCAUCGUUUGCUUCCUGUAUCGUACGUGUUAGUGCCGUGGCGAUCUUGGAUUCUUGUUUCGUUUUUUUUUUUUUGAGAGUGAUUGGAAUAAAUUGCGUGAUUUAGUGAGGCUCUGUAUUUCUCUUGCAACGCAUUUGAGCUGCAAUGAUAUCUAGUAGACCUCAGACAAGAAGAGAAGUAGGCGCUGUUGAAGAUGAGGAUGAGAAGAGAGGUGCUGCACUGGAGAAAGCUCUGAGUUCUUCAUCAAAAUAUGCUAGGCAUCAGAAAAGAAAGAAAAAAGGCACUCCUGAAGAGAACGAGGAAGAAACGUGUGUAGUAGCAAAGAAAGUUACAGUUAGGACUAGGAGGCGGGAUCAGAAAUCAGAAGGGAAAAGUGAACCUAUUUUGCCCAGAAAAGAUUUGAAUGUUCUUCCUUCUGGCACUUCAGAGCUAUUUGGUGGGAAUAUUACUGAAGGAAGAGACUGUUGCUAUGAAUUGGAGCUUCAACAACUUCAACCUUCUGAAAAGAUUAAACUGCAACUCUUUCCAAUAAAUGAAAGUACUCGCUUGAGAUUGGAAAAAGAUGGGUACAAUCCAUUUUUGGAACUCACUUUAAGUGCUAAGAAGAGGAUAUGGUCCGUGAUCAAGCAUAUAAACACAAAGUGGGGCAAUGAAAAUGGCAAGUGGGGGAAGGCCUUGCUUUUCCCCUAUGAUGUUAAUUUGGAGAAAUUAGCUUCCUACAGAAGAUGGAGUAUGGAAGAUACUGAAAUUUCUGCAAGAGAAGUUUAUAUGUCUGUAAAUAGUCCUGCUGUUUUUCGCCUAAGGUAUGGCUGGUUUUUGGAUCAUCAAUUGGAGGGCUUCAAAAUGCCUCUUUUGUCUACUCAUUCUGACUCUAGAAGGCAAUCUGAGGUCAGCAGCCAAGCUUUAGAUAUCCAAGUUAACCAAAUGAAGGAGACUAAAAUAGAAAAUAAAUAUUUUGAAAAAAUUAAGUCUACUAAUGAAGCUUCAGAUGUUGUAAAAGAGCAGAUGCCUUCAGUUGAACAAGUUGAAUGUGUGGGUAAUCAACUGAAAGCUGAUGGUAUCUAUGAACCUUUAGUGCCAUGGGAAGAUAACUUGACGAACUUAAGCAUUGGGGGGCUACUUUCAGAAGUAUCUCUGCUGGGUAAGAUCAUCAAAAGUGACACUGAAUCAGCAAGUCAAAUGCAGCCAUUUCUGGCAGUUUCUGACUUUAGUGUUGGAGGUUUGCUUUCUGAAGUAUCUUUGCAAGGCAAGAUGAAUAGUGGUGGUUUGAACUCGGUGAAGGAAUUGGACAGGCAGCCACUUAAAUUAGUCUCAGGUGUAGACACAGGGUGCUUGCUGUCACAAGCAACUUUGCAGGGUGAGAUUCAUGAUUACAUUCCACCUACACAAGAAUUUGAAAUGCCGAGAACAAUGGCAGGCAACAAUGCUCAGCAACAGUUUUCUUGGGUUGACAGUCUAACUGCCUUGAGCAUUGGAGGCUUGCUUUCUGAGGCAUCAAUGCAGGGAAUGAUAAAUAACGUGAAUCCAAAUUUAAGUGGGAACAAAUCAAGCUUGCCACAAUCUUCAUCAACUGCUGCCUCACUUGGUGCUUUUGUUGCUACUCAAUUAAAUUCACAUCUUCCUGACUCAAAACUACAAUUGGAUGAACCAUGCACAUCUUUCUUCGAUGCUGAAGAGACGUGCCAUGCGUUUCCUGUAAGGAAAGUUUCUCCUUUGAGUGGAAUGGCCGUGACUGCUAGUGAAGCAGGCAGUUCCAUGGAAUGUCAGGAAGGUGUGCGUUUGACAUCUGAAGCUACAGCUCAGGAUCAAUCCAAGACAAAGUUGUUGCCUCGUUCACAAGGGAUUGUUGAUGAAGACAGCUGCAACCUCGCACUAAAAGGGAUCAAAUGGAAUGACUCUCUUGGACCAUUUGAUCUAGGACAACCUGUCUGGUCGCCGCUCACAGUUGGCGACAGCCAUUUGGUUAAGUAGUGAUUGUCGGAUCUAUAUCCUCGGUAUGUACGUAAUCGUUAACAUAUCAGCAAGAAUUUUGGAGAAAUAAAUGCACCACCGAAGGGGUAUUAUUCCGUACCGUUGAAAACAGAGUUUUUUUACAUUCUCAAGUACACAGCCACUUCCCUGGGAAUACACUGUUUUGGGAUAUGGAAUGAACAAACGCGACAUUUAUUAAUACUCUAAACUGUCCAUAUGAAUAAUAAACAUGGAAAUUUAUAGUGUA